CGUUGUCGUAUCUCCUUUCGUGCUCGUCGACGUGAAACACGAAGUAGUAAUAGAAGCGCGACGAUGACGAGGGCUCGUCGUAUGAAUGCCUGAUCGCGCGGUUAGGAUACAGGAAACCAGAUAAAUAAGAAGUCGCGAGUGUUCUCCGAAGGAAUUACUACAUACGUCGUAAACAAAGGACAAUAAUUAGUGCUCGAUAAUCGUUCACCGUCGCAACGAUUAUUAUACUACACAUUCGUAUUAAUUUCUUCUUAUUUUGUUUUUUCAUUUUUCUUCCCCAUUUUGUUUCUUUUUCGUUAUGUUCUUUUUAAAACCCGUUUACUUGCGCUCGUGAAAACCGUAAAGAGGGCAAGAGGAGAGCGGAAAAGUCGUCGUGUCGAAGAACGCUGAUAUCCAGGAUUCAAGCAGUAUCUGGUAUGCUUCGAGGUCUUCUGGAUUCUUUUUUGGGUCUUGUUCAAGCUUCACAAAGUGACUCCCGAAGUGUUCCCUCCGCCGUUUUUCUCUUUGUUCCCGUACUCUUCGGCUUCACGUUCGCUGUGAUAGCACGCCGAUACGUUCGCAUUGGACACGUUUUCACGGAUCAACCACAGCAAGGGUGGUGGGCUGACAUAUUUCGAGCAAUUCAUUCACUGUACAUUGGUAGAAGAAUCGAGGGUAACGAUAACAGAGGAGUCGUGCAGAGAUCAUCGACAGAGGACGAGAACAGUGCCGUCAACUCCAACGGUACCAUGACGGAUAAUCCAGUCAGCUUCGUCGUCGGGGAUCCCGACAACGAUCCCUCUGAGGAAUUGGAAGUGGAGGAUAGCUUCCCGUCCGAAGGAAACGAUUUGGCCUUAAACCAGGUGCAGUACAAUGCGAUGGCUGGCUUGAUCGAGCGCCGCAAGCGGCUCAGGCCCAGCAUGUCACAGGGCACGGUGAUGAUACAAACCCAAAAUCGGCUGUAUGAAAAGGACUUCACCAUUGCCACACCUGAGGAAUAUGUCCAUCGUUUCGGCGGUACGAGAGUCAUCAACAAGAUUCUGAUUGCGAACAACGGAAUAGCGGCCGUAAAAUGCAUGCGUUCGAUUCGACGAUGGUCGUACGAAAUGUUCAAGAACGAACGGGCUGUACGCUUCGUUGUUAUGGUGACUCCGGAAGAUCUGAAGGCGAACGCGGAAUACAUCAAAAUGGCAGAUCAGUACGUACCUGUACCGGGUGGAACCAACAACAACAAUUAUGCAAACGUGGAGCUAAUCGUAGACAUUGCCGUACGCACUCAGGUCCAGGCAGUGUGGGCAGGAUGGGGUCAUGCAUCGGAAAAUCCGAAAUUGCCAGAAUUACUUCAUAAAAAUAAUAUGUGUUUCAUUGGACCAUCCGAGAGAGCGAUGUGGGCCCUUGGAGAUAAAAUUGCAUCUAGCAUUGUAGCACAAACUGCAGAUGUACCGACACUUCCCUGGUCAGGUUCGGAAUUAAAAGCGCAAUACAGUGGAAAGAAAAUAAAAAUAUCUUCGGAACUUUUCAAAAAGGGGUGCGUUUCGACGGUGGAGGAAUGCCUGGCAGCGGCUAAUAAAAUAGGUUUUCCUAUCAUGGUGAAAGCUAGCGAAGGAGGUGGUGGAAAAGGUAUCAGGAAGGUCGAAAACGCUGAAGAAUUGCCUACGUUAUUUAGGCAGGUACAAACAGAGAUACCUGGAUCUCCGAUAUUCAUUAUGAAAUUGGCAAAAUGUGCUCGUCACUUAGAGGUUCAAUUGCUGGCUGAUAAUUAUGGAAAUGCAAUAUCGUUAUUUGGUCGUGACUGCUCUAUUCAAAGAAGACAUCAGAAGAUUAUCGAAGAAGCGCCAGCCGUAGUUGCUAAACCUGAAGUUUUCGAAGAAAUGGAAAAAGCUGCUGUAAGGUUGGCCAAAAUGGUUGGAUAUGUCAGCGCAGGCACUGUUGAAUACCUGUACGACACUUCCGGGCGAUAUUACUUCUUGGAACUGAAUCCACGUCUUCAAGUGGAACAUCCCUGUACAGAAAUGGUAUCUGAUGUUAAUUUGCCAGCAGCUCAACUUCAAAUUGCUAUGGGGUUGCCUCUACAUCAUAUUAAAGACAUUCGCCUUCUUUAUGGUGAAAGUCCAUGGGGAGAUAGCAUUAUUGACUUCGAUCAACCGCAACAUAAACCUCAACCUUGGGGUCAUGUAAUAGCAGCAAGAAUUACUAGUGAAAAUCCUGAUGAAGGUUUCAAGCCAAGUUCGGGUACUGUGCAAGAACUGAAUUUUCGAUCCUCGAAAAAUGUUUGGGGUUACUUUUCGGUAGGAGCUUCUGGAGGUCUCCACGAAUUCGCAGAUUCGCAAUUUGGUCAUUGUUUUUCUUGGGGCGAAGAUCGUAACCAGGCUCGAGAAAAUUUAGUUAUAGCUUUAAAGGAAUUGAGCAUUAGGGGUGAUUUCAGAACCACUGUCGAAUACUUGAUCACGUUAUUAGAAACGGAAUCCUUUCAACAGAAUAAUAUAGACACUGCUUGGCUUGAUUUGUUGAUUGCUGAACGUGUUAGAAGUGAUAAACCAGAUGUAUUAUUAGCAAUAACAUGUGGCGCGCUUCAUAUCGCUGAUAGAACCAUCACUGCCGCUUUUACCGGAUUCGAAACAGCAUUAGAAAAGGGACAAAUACAAGCCAGUAAUGAUUUAGAUAAUGUUGUCGAUGUUGAACUCAUUAACGACGGAUAUAAAUACAAAAUACAAACUGCCAAAUCAGGCCCCAAUAGCUAUUUUCUUGUUAUGAACGGCUCCUAUAAAGAAGUAGAAGUACAUAGAUUGUCUGAUGGUGGACUGUUGCUUUCUUUGGAUGGUGCAAGUUUUACGACUUACAUGAGAGAGGAAGUUGAUCGUUAUAGAAUUAUCAUUGGAAAUCAAACUUGCAUCUUUGAAAAGGACAACGAUCCUUCUUUAUUAAGGUCACCGUCAGCUGGAAAGUUGGUCAGCUAUUUGGUUGAGGAUGGUGGUCACGUGAACGCUGGACAAGCUUACGCAGAAAUUGAAGUCAUGAAAAUGGUAAUGACAAUAACUGCGAGUGAAGCUGGUAGUGUAUUUUACGUUAAAAGACCGGGUGCCAUUCUCGAGGCAGGUACCUUGAUUGCUCGGUUAGAAUUGGAUGAUCCGUCUUUGGUAACGAAAGCCCAAGAAUACACUGGUCAAUUUCCAGAAACUGCACCUCCAGCAAUUUCUGAAAAAUUAAAUCAUCUUCAUGCUAAAUACAGAACCGCUUUAGAAAAUACUCUGGGAGGAUAUUGUUUACCAGAUCCGUAUCAUAUACCUCGAGUGCGAGAACUUCUUGAAAAGUUUAUGAAUUCCCUUCGUGAUCCCAGUUUACCGUUGCUUGAACUUCAAGAAGUAAUUGCAACGAUAUCAGGAAGAAUUCCAAUUUCUGUAGAGAAGAAAAUUAGGAAAUUGAUGUCACUAUAUGAAAGAAAUAUAACAUCUGUUUUAGCUCAAUUUCCUAGUCAACAAAUUGCUGCUGUAAUUGAUGGACAUGCAGCAACUCUUUCGAAGCGAGCUGAGCGCGAUGUAUUCUUCUUAACUACUCAAGCUAUAGUCCAAUUAGUACAAAGAUAUAGAAAUGGAAUACGUGGAAGAAUGAAGACUGCUGUUCACGAACUUCUUUUACAAUAUUACACCGUCGAAAGUCAAUUCCAACAAGGACAUUACGAUAAAUGUGUUUCAGCUUUAAUAGAACAAUAUAAAGAUGAUGUGGCAAUGGUAACGGCCAUGAUCUUCAGUCAUAAUCAAGUCACAAAGAAAAAUGUCUUAGUAACGAUGCUCAUAGAUCAUCUUUGGGCAAAUGAACCUGGUCUCACAGACGAAUUGUCGAGCACGCUGACGGAACUAACGAGCUUAAAUCGUACAGAACACAGUCGUGUAGCAUUACGUGCAAGACAAGUUUUAAUUGCUGCUCACCAACCUGCUUAUGAAUUAAGACAUAAUCAAAUGGAAUCUAUAUUUUUAUCAGCGGUAGACAUGUACGGUCAUGAUUUUCAUCCAGAAAAUCUACAGAAAUUGAUACUUUCCGAAACAUCUAUUUUUGAUAUUUUACACGAUUUCUUUUACCAUUCCAAUCGUACAGUUUGUAACGCUGCUUUAGAAGUUUAUGUUCGUAGAGCUUAUAUUAGUUACGAGUUAACCUGUUUGCAACACUUAGAGCUAUCAGGUGAAGUACCACUUGUACACUUUCAAUUUUUAUUGCCUAAUAAUCAUCCCAACAGGCAGAAUCAAUCUCCAAUUAAUCACAGAGUAGGAGCUAUGGCAGCUUUCCAAGAUAUGGAUCAAUUUGUUCGAUACUCUGACGAAGUUCUCGAUCUCUUAGAAGAUUUAUCUUCAGUUACUUCAGUUUCAGCCAAAGUGUUGGAAGCAGUAGAUGCAGCUGGUAGUGAAUCAAGACUUAGUACAUCUAUAAACGUAUCUUUAAGUACUGCAGAAGCUAGUGGUCCAGUGGAAAUUGGCGAACGACCUGCAGAACCAGCACAUAUUUUGAGCAUUGCCGUCCAAGAAAAGGAAAAUCACGAUGAUACUGCACUGGCGAAACGCUUUGGAGAUUGGUGUGCCACAAACAAAGAAGAACUAGUCUCGCGAAAUAUAAGAAGAGUUACAUUUGCUGUUUUAAAAAAAAGACAGUUCCCAAAAUUCUUUACAUUCCGUCAGAGAGACGGUUUCGUGGAAGAUAAGAUUUAUCGACAUCUUGAGCCUGGUUGCGCUUUUCAAUUAGAAUUAAACAGAAUGAGAACUUAUGAUCUUGAAGCCUUACCAACUUCGAAUCAAAAAAUGCAUCUUUAUCUUGGCCAAGCGAAAGUUGCUAAAGGGCAACAGGUUACAGAUUAUCGGUUCUUCAUUCGUUCCAUUAUAAGACACUCUGAUCUUAUCACGAAGGAGGCCAGUUUUGAUUAUCUGCACAACGAAGGUGAACGUGUUUUAUUAGAAGCCAUGGAUGAAUUAGAAGUUGCAUUCUCACAUCCACUUGCAAAACGUUCGGAAUGCAAUCAUAUUUUCCUGAACUUUGUACCUACAGUUAUUAUGGAUCCAGCUAGAAUAGAAGAAAGUGUAACUAGCAUGGUUUUGAGAUAUGGACCAAGAUUAUGGAAAUUACGAGUGCGGCAGGCUGAGAUCAAAAUGACUAUUCGCCCAGCACCAGGAAAAUCAACGUCCAUUCUACGUUUAUGCAUUGCUAAUGAUAGUGGAUACAGUAUAGAUUUGCAUCUUUAUACAGAAACAACUGAUCCAAAGACUGGUGUUAUUCGAUUUGAAUCUUAUCCUUCUUCGACGGCAAAUGUUGCCUGGAGACCAGGGCCUAUGCAUGGUUUACCAAUUUCUACGCCAUAUUUAACCAAAGAUUAUCUUCAAGCAAAACGAUUUCAAGCACAAAGUGCUGGUACAACAUAUGUGUAUGAUUUACCAGAUAUGUUUAGACAACAAACUGAAAAGCUAUGGCAUAAAUACAUAGAAGAAAGGCCACAGUCUGAUAUAACGAUUCCAAAUCCUGUGAUGGAUUCUGCGGAAUUAGUCUUAGAAGGUGAAAAUUUAGUGGAACAGAAACGUCUCCCUGGGGAGAAUAAUGUUGGUAUGGUUGCUUGGAGAUUAAGACUUUAUACACCAGAAUAUCCAAUAUCUGGCAGAGAUGUUAUACUGAUUUCGAAUGAUUUAACACAUUUAAUUGGUUCCUUUGGUCCUAAAGAAGAUCUAGUAUUCUGCAGAGCAUCGGAAAGAGCUAGACAGCUUGGUAUUCCUAGAAUAUACUUUUCUGCAAAUUCUGGAGCUCGCAUUGGUUUAGCAGAGGAAGUAAAAGCAUUGUUCAGAAUUGCUUGGGAGGAUGAUAGUGAACCAGAAAAAGGAUUUAAGUAUAUAUAUUUAACACCGGAUGAUUACGCGCGUUUAGCGCCGCUUAAUUCUGUGAAAACUUCACUCAUUGAAGAUAAGGGCGAAUCUCGUUACAAAAUUACCGAUAUUAUUGGUAAAGACGACGGUCUUGGAGUAGAAAAUUUAAAAUAUGCUGGUAUGAUUGCCGGAGAAACAUCAAAAGCCUAUAAUGAAAUAGUUACAAUUUCCAUCGUUUCCUGCCGGGCUAUCGGUAUCGGUGCUUAUUUAAUACGUCUUGGUCAAAGGGUUAUCCAAAUAGAAAAUUCUCACAUCAUUUUAACCGGCUAUAAAGCAUUAAAUGCUGUAUUAGGUCGUGAAGUAUAUGCUAGUAACAAUCAAUUGGGUGGUAUACAAAUUAUGCAUAAUAAUGGAGUAUCACAUGCAACUGAUGUAAGAGACUUGGAGGGUGUUGCCACUGCUUUAAGGUGGUUAAGUUACUGUCCCAAAUAUAAGGGUGCACCUCUUCCUAUAUUGUCACCACCACUUUCUGAUCCAGUUGAUAGAGAUAUCACUUAUGUUCCUACAAAAACAGCUUAUGACCCAAGAUUAAUGCUUGAAGGUAAAAUACAAGAUGGUACAAAUUACUGGGAUAGUGGAUUCUUUGAUCGUGGCUCUUGGCAGGAAAUAAUGAGACCUUGGGCUCAAACUGUAGUAACAGGACGGGCUAGAUUAGGUGGAAUUCCUUGUGGUGUCAUUGCAGUAGAAACAAGGACUGUUGAAUUGCAUUUACCUGCUGAUCCGGCUAAUUUUGAUUCAGAAGCUAAAACGAUAUCUCAAGCAGGACAAGUAUGGUUUCCUGAUAGUGCGUAUAAAACUGCUCAAGCUAUUAAAGAUUUUGGAAAAGAAGAACUUCCACUUUUUAUUUUCGCUAAUUGGAGAGGAUUUUCUGGUGGAAUGAAAGAUAUGUACGAGCAAAUUAUCAAAUUCGGUGCUUACAUUGUGGACGGAUUAAGAGAAUAUACCAAGCCAAUAUUUGUAUAUAUUCCACCAAAUGGAGAGUUAAGAGGUGGUGCUUGGGCUGUUGUUGACCCAAUGAUAAAUCCUCGCUAUAUGGAAAUGUUUGCUGACAAUACAAGUAGAGGUGGAGUUCUAGAAGCUGGUGCAAUAGUAGAAAUAAAGUUUAGAACUAAAGACAUAAUUAAGGCCAUGCACAGGGUUGAUAUAGUGAUUCAGAAACUUAAAGAAAACUUAUCUAGUACAAAUUCAACUGAAGAACGAGCAGAAAUCGAGAGUCAAAUACGUAAGAGAGAGCAAGCUUUAGAACCUAUGUAUCGCCAAGUUGCUGUUCACUUCGCGGAUCUUCAUGACACACCAGAAAGGAUGUUCGAAAAAAAUACCAUUCACGAUAUUAUUCCAUGGCGAAAAGCGCGCAAACUACUUUAUUGGCGACUUAGAAGAAGACUUUUGGAGGAUGAAAUAAAGAAGGAAAUUCUUUCAACUCAACAGAAUUUAGAUGUUAGACAAGUGGGUGCAAUGUUGCGUCGAUGGUUUAUAGAAGAUAAAGGUGCCACGGAAUCUUAUUUGUGGGAUCAAGAUGAAGCUGCAACGAAUUGGUUAGAAAGUCAACAUAAAGAUGAAAAUAGUGUUGUUUCGCGUAACAUCACUUGUGUAAAACAAGACGCAGUUGUUUCUCGAAUAAAAGAAGCUCUUGAAGCUUGCCCAGAAGUGAGAUUGAAUGCAAUUUUAGAAAUUGCACACAGACUACAGCCAGCAGAACGUGCGGAAUUGCAAAGAACUUUAUCACAGAUAGAAACGACCACACAAGUACACCACAAUGAUUCAAGUGCUUCGUCCUAAUGUUUCUUGAAAUUGAAAAAAAAUCUCUUGUCUAUCUGCGUACCUGGUGUAUGUAGUUAUAUUAGAAUUAAUUGUACAGACAUUCGUUAUUCUUGUUAAUAGCAAAUUGUACGGGAGUAGUAUAAUUUUUGGAAGAUUAAUAAUUGUUUCUAUCGAUAGCGUUACUUGAUAGAAAGUAAACGAACUUGUGUCUUAUACAAGUUCAACGGUGAUGCUAUCGAGUGUCAGACAGUAUCACUGCCAUCUCCUAAACCGUGGCGAAGUGUGCCCUUUGUUUAUAAUAAGUGUAUUCAUGAAUAUAGAAAUUAUAUUACAUGUAUAUACAUGUGUGUGUGUGUGUGUAUACAGGUUGAGCCUCGUAAUAUAACGACCUCAAAUAAUUCAUAAAAUAUUUGUUGUACGAAAUAAUGUUUCGUAUAGAUGUUACAUGGUUUCCAGGGUGACAUAUAGUAUGUAAAAUAAGAACGUAUCCUAACCGUUGGAUCGGACAUGGUAGUAAUAUCAUUGUUUGGCCAGCUCGCUCGCUAGAUUUAACACCGCUCGAUUAUGAAGAAAAACGAAGUUUAUCGCGAGCCUUUAAUGACAGUAGAAAAUAUUAAUCGUACAUGUUCUACAAUAACAGUAGAAACUCUUGAGAAGGUUUCUCGCUUACCGAUGAAAAAAUUACGUACUUGAAUUAAUUGUAACGAGCAGCAAUUUGAACAUCGCUUAAAAUAAAAUUUAUUUUGCUAAUAUCUCAGGAACUAUGUAUUUUAGACCCGAUUUGGAGUAAUAUCUUUCUAUGUAGAAUUCAACGUUUCAUCCGAAUUCGGGAAGAAAUGUUAACUGUUUCGUCUAAAAAAUUGAAGGUGACCUUCAUAUCUUGAUAAAGAAGCAAAAUAACAUAAAAUUGAUUAGACUAUUAUACGUUCCCUUGGAAACCAUCUAUAUGAAAUAUUUUUUUAUAGAACAAAUAUUUUAUGAGUUAUUUGAAAUCGUCAUGUUACGAGACUC